GACCAAGGCAUUGGCAACGGCUGCCAAGGAAACAUCGCCUGGGGAUGCGCCUUUGUCUGCGGUGUCCGUGGCAACGGAGGAGCCGGCGGUCGUCAAGGAGAGUGAUAGUGUGUUCCCGGAGCCGCCGCUACAGCCUGUAGACAUCACCCAGGCAGUCGGUGAGAGGAUGAAGGCCCAGAAGCGUCUGGCCGAGAACCCGUACGACGUCAGCGCCAUCUGCAUGCUCAGCCGUGCUCAGGAACAGGUGGAUGCAUGGGCCCAGUCCAACACCAUCCCUGGACUGUUUACAGGUUCUACUGGAGCAACGGUGCUCAGCUCAGAGGAGCUGUCCAACAGCGGACCACAGGCCUGGAUCAAGAAGGUACCGUCCACUGUCUUACCUGCUCCUCACCCCAAACAUACCACCCCACUACCCUACAGGUGUCUGCAUCGCCCAUGCCCACUGGUGUACCCACUUCACAAGCCUUCCUCAGCCUGCUCCCUAAUCACCACCCAGCCCUAGUCAAAUAACUGAAUGGCUGUACGCAUCGAGCCUGAGACACAUACUGUAGUUAGUUUGACAAAUGUUCUGUUGAUGUAGAACAGACUGGGUUAGAAUGGAGUAGUUCCACUGUUACUCAGUGGAAUCCAGGUCAGAUGUAAGGGCCCCGAAACGUGGGGUCCACUGCUACCAUGGCAACCCUUGUCAGCGCUAACGCACAUAGUUUACUGGUGUGUGUGUGUGUGAGAGCAUCUGUUGUCUGUGUUGUGUGUUUCUGUCUGCGUCAGAAAAGAUGCUCUGACGGUAAAGGAAGCCUCUUGUUUAUGUUGACUCAGCCUGAAAUUUGCACUGCAGUCUAACAGUGGUAACAUGAUGAACCCAGACUUUAAUCUGACAUACAGAGAUGAACAAAAAUCUCCCUGUACUUCAAUCACCCCCCCACCCCUCCCCCGCAACACACACACACAUUCUGACUAAUUACAUUUCCUGUGAAGUGGGUACACCAUGUUAAGGGUAGCGAUGCAGAUUCCUUACAUGUGACAUUCUUACCAAAGCAGGUGCAAAUGCAGUACUGACACCCGGCCACUAGUGGUGCCCUGGUCUAACACCCAGCUACUAGUGGUGCUCUGGUCUGUCCACUAAAUAGUCUCCCCCUCGGAGUCGGAAUAGGGACUUGGAGGGAGGGGAGGAAGAGGAGAGCUGGAAGUAAGUCUGCAGACCCCAGAACCCCCCCCUUGUCCUCUAGCACCCCAGGGCAAGGCAGAGAUUAUGGGUCCGUCUCAGUAGUCUAAAGAUGCUUCCUCGUCUCUUUCCUUGGAUUCACACUGAUCUCAGAACAGGGGAAAGGGAAAAUCACUAUUCUUUCACCUAUCCUGCCUUUUCAGAUCAGGUCAGAUUUUAUUGGGGACUUCCGGUGAGGAAGUGACUUUAGACUAUUCAGAUGCACCCUAAGACAGGUUACUAUAGUCUCUACCGUCACGCUGUCUCCCUAUCACUCCCCCACACCCAGUCACACAGAAUGUCAUCAGGCCCAGAGAUAACCAUAGUCGUUUGUCCUCUGUCUGUGGACCCUGUCUGGACCCUCCUACCCUGUAGUGUUUCUAUAGUGGGCUGUUUGAAGCCAGUGGGUGUAACUGUACCCCAAGCCUCCCUGAGCUCUGUAAACACACAGAGGCAGGGCGCUACUGUUACUGUUUUAAAUGUAACAUCUUGAGGAAUCUCUCUCAGGUUGGUUACACAUUGUCACAUCAUUUAGCUAUAGAGAGCGUGAUGGAUCUGCUGAGUUCAUUCUUCACUUAAUACGACACGUCCUUCACAUGCAGAUGCUAUGUGCAGAUGCCAUGGACAUAUGCUGUGGGCAUGUUCAGAGACAUGAAAUAGGGAUGAGAGUGCAUUGAUCAUACUAAUGUUAGUGACAUGCAUUUUGCUAGCAUUGCAGCAGCUAACAUUGAUUUACAGCACGCUAGCAUUGCAGCAGCUAACAUUGAUUUACAGCACGCUAGCAUUACCAGCAUAUGGACUGUGUUGUUUGUGUGGUUGUUGGGUGCCCCUAGCAACCAGUCCUGGUGCAUUCCGUUUCCCAGUAGAUGAGCAGAGUCUAGUUUUAGACCAGUCAGUGGUCUCCAACCCUAGUCCAGGCUGUGCAGGAUUUUGUUCCAUCCCAGCAUAGUCGUAUAGGUUAGGGCUGUAACAAAAACCCGCACACUAGCUCCAGGACCACAAUUGGAGACCACUGCCUGAGGGAGAUCUCUGUUCUGAGGGACCUAGGCUAGUUACAGGUGUCCAUGGAC